AUGUGGAGGGGAGCCCUCACAGAAUUAAUAGCAACUGCCAUCCUUGUGUUCACCAUCACCUCUUCUGUCAUCGCAUGCUUGGACUCACAGGAGGUUGAUCCCAAGCUUCUUGUCCCAUUUGUUGUAUUCAUUAUACUCUUCCUCUUCCUCAUUAUGACAAGUCCCAUUUCUGGCGGCCACAUGAGCCCAAUCUUAUCAUUCAUAGCCUGGCUCGAGGGUCAUGUAACUUUUGCUCGAGCCUCCCUCUAUGUCAUGGCCCAAUGUCUUGGCUCAAUAAUGGGUUUUCUUAUAAUCAGAAAUGUGAUGGACCACCAAACAACACACAAGUAUUUCUUAGGUGGGUGCACGAUUGAUAGCAAUGGAGCAGCAUCUGCAAUAAGCCGAAAGGGUGCUUUGAUUUUGGAGUUUUCUUGCACAUUUUUGGUGCUGUUUGUUGGUGUGACAGUUGCUUUUGACAAGAAAAGGUGCAAGGAACUUGGGUUAGCAAUGGUGUGUGUUGUGGUGGCAGGGGCCAUGGCAUUGGCUGUGUUUGUGUCCAUUACAGUUACUGGGCAUGCAGGCUAUGGAGGUGUUGGCCUGAACCCAGCAAAAUGCUUGGGCCCUGCAUUGUUGGAAGGAGGGAUAUUGUGGCAUGGGCAUUGGGUUUUCUGGGUUGGCCCCUUUUUGGCUUGCAUUGUUUACAAGGGUUACUAUACAAACUUGCCUAGGGAGUAG